CGUCAUCGUGCGCGACACAACUACGCGUGCACUAAAGGCGGAAGUUGCCGGUGUAAUUUUAGGACAUGUUUUAUUUUUAUUUUAAUUCUCAUAUUUAAGGAUACAUUAUUAAGCAUUGUAUAUCUUCUCCGGGUAGAAAGAUGUCGAGACAGCCGAUGGGAAAGACGCUGUUGAGGAACGUGAUCCGACACACAGAUGCACACAACAAGAUCCAGGAGGAGACGGAAAUGUGGAAAAUGCGAGAGUGGGAGCUCCAAACGCCUCAACGCAAACAUUUGUCAGCAGCUGCCAGUAUGAGGGGGCAUAUGCACUGUGAUCAAGAGUCUGAUCCAUCUAGACACAUCAGCAGAAGCAGAGUUUCAGAGCAUGACGACAGAGAGGCACGAUACUGGACUAAACAACUGUAUGAGUUUGAAGCUAAGGAUCCAGAAAGAUGGGGACACAGUGGCUUUAAAGAGCUCUACCCAGAGGAGUUCACUAGUGACAGCAAUUCCAGUGAUUCACAGAAAAUGGUCAGGACAAAAGUAAAAAAAUCCAAAUCUGGCAAAGAAGCAAAACCAUCAAAGCGUUCCAAAAAAUCCUCUCAUAAGAAAAAAAAGAAAAAGAAGAAAAAAGGAGAGGAAAGCAAGCGAACAAAAGCUGGAUGCCGGAGCAGUGGAAGCGAUGACAGUGGAACUGCUAAAGACAGACAGAGAAAAAGGGCCAAAAGUCGACAUAAAAACAAGAAAAGUGUGAAAAAAUGUAGGGAUUCUGACAGCAGCUCAGUGGACAGUGACAGUGAGAAAGAAAAAGAGAGACACUCUUACAGGAGAAAGAAACGCAAGCAAGCUUCUCCCAAACCCUCUGACUCUGAACCAGACUCCAAGAAAAGGAAGAGGAAAGAUUGGAGAGCAACAGGAGAGGACAGCUCAGAUGGAAGUUCUGGAGACUGAGAUAUGCAAGUAGCAAGCUCAAAACUACUGCAACCUGUUGUGUAACUCCACAGCACUGAAGAUUGUUUCCUGCACACAUGUAUUGUAUUUUGUUAGAUAUCAACAAACCUGAGCUGUCUGUCUUCUCCAUGGGCGUUCUUUGUUGCAAUAUCUCAUCAGCAUCACUGUAGCUCAGAGCCCGCAGUACAGCAGUGGAGUCAGCAGGCGGCAGGGCAGAGCCAGUGGGGCGUAUACCUCCUGCCUCUAAAGGAAAUGGGAAGGCUGCAGGUUCAUUCCUUGAUCAGUGACUUUCUCUUUGGGAUGUUCACCUCUCUGGGAGGCCUUGUAUUUCCAACUUGAAAGGUUUUCAUGUUUAUUGUUGCAAUGUAGUUUUUAAAUUGUAUUAUUUUAAAGUCAGUGUGAAACAAAACUAUAAAAACAUUUUCAUUUGAUUGAUUUAGUUAUAAAAAAAAAAAAUACUGCAAAGCACAGCCUUAUGCCCCCUGUGAGUGGAGCAAUGUUAACUCAAAAACAAUAUGCAUUGUAAAAGAAAAAAAAAAUCAAUGCAGUAAAGUAAAGAAUAAUGCUUAGUGAGAAUGUUAAUUUAAACAUUUUGAGAGCAUGGUUAUUAGGGCAAGCUCGUAGGAAAGAUUUAAAAACUGAUCCCACCUGUCAAAGAUCAAAUUAUGCAAUGUAUUAUGAAUAGAAAAAGGACUUCUGCUGUUUAGUUACAUCCUGACAAAUCCAGUCUGCAGCAGUUCUUUUUGUGAUGCAAAGGAUACACCUCUAUGGAAGCCGCUCCUGAUCAAAGUGAAUAAAUGUAGUGAUUUGCAGAAUUGCUCCUUGACUACUGCAAAAGAGGGGGCACUCUGUACUUCACUGCUAGAGGAAAGAGCUGUGAACCUUCAGACAGCCUUCCUUCAGUCACAUCUUUGGAUAUAUGUCAAAACCAUUUCCACCCUUGGACCAGCAGAAUAUUGUGUUGCUCCAAUAUGAAUGACAAUGUUUUAUUUGUCACUUGUCUGUGUCUUUCAGUUACAUCUGCCAGACGACAUUUGUUCUCCUUUUGAAAAAGUAGUAACGCCAAAGAGCGAUUGUUUAAACAAACCUGGCAACAAGCAAUGUUGGUGCCAUCUGGGUUUUUCGAUAAAGAAAUGUUGCACGAGGAAGCCCACUGGUAAACUAUUUGUGUGCUGGAAAAGCCUAAAGCCAUUCUCGCAGUCUGUGUCAAUAGGCUAAGUGUUUUCUCCGAGUUGCAGAGAGUGGGCUGCAUUAAGCUUGGCUGCAACUGGCCAUUUUGGAGAGGGAAUAAAGAAAGCAAUACUUGGGCAGCUAAAUCUGUGUUGACAUUGGUGUAGAAAACAACUUUAGAGUUAAUAAGCAUGUAGUAAGUGGGUACCUUAAAGGGAAAUGACGUAACAUGCUUAUUAAGGAUGAAUUUUAAAUGCACAAAAACUGUUGUUCUUUGUUGUUAUACUGUUUUAUAUGACCCCAUAACUUGAAAUACAUAUUAAAACAAAUUAUGUGAA